ACUGUAAGUCUCUUUGGAUAAAAGCGUCUGCUAAAUGGCAUAUUAUUAUUAUGGGUAUGUUUGGCAGACUGUAUUUGUAAAGAACCCUGUAUUUGUUGUAGUGGCAAACUUGCUCCACUAGGUGACAGUAGGAAACAAUGGGUUCGCUUGGCAGAGUGACACUGGGCAGUAGCCUACAUUGAUAACAUUUGGAUAAGGUCAUUCUAUCAUAAUCAUGAUCAACACAGACACACAACUCUUUAUUCUCUCCUCCUCCUAUCCUCUUUAGACCUUAAACUUGUGGAAUCUGAGUUAUCACAACCCAGAUGCACUCUGCAGAUAAGGUUUAGUUUAGAACUCCAGGUGAACAUACCAAAGUAACUAGCAAAUGGCAGGCACAAACUGAAACUUCAAAUAAUUGUUAUAAUUUGUAUUAUUGUAAAGGAUAAUUAGUAGAUUACUUUGAAUUUAUGUUCCAAGCUCUACCACUUUCUAGUCAAGGCUACUGUAUCCACAGGUGUUCUAUGUAGGCUAGUUAUGUUGCUGAUCUGUUGCCCUCUCCAUAACUUAUUCAAGGUUAGCUGAUGUUUAUGAUAGGCUAUACACAAAAAAAAACGAUGGAUCAAUUACAUGCGGUUUGGCAUCAGUUAUCAAGGAUACACUGUGACUGCUCCCGUUCCAAGCAACAUCGUUUAAUUCUAUCAAAUUAACCGACCUGUCAAACCGCUACAGACCCGCCCCUUUCUGGCAGACAGACCAGCCCUUCAAUCGCUAUCUCCCAUUUUCUCUUUUCCGGGUUUGACAGAGCAAGUGUCGACCAAUCACCGUUAAACAUCAACAGAGUCGGAGUCAUGCGCGGUUGAGUCGGGGCUCGCGACAGUACGUACUAUGCAACUAUGUUGCGUCGAAGCUAUUCCGGAAAAUAGAAGCGCUAUAUUUUGUAUGAUUUAGCUACAGUAACAUUUGAGUUAUAUCGUCCAGUGAUUUGCAGGUCUAGACAGAGAGAAACGUCAAAUGAAGACGUUGUCUGGGGAGGAUGCACAUCGCUGUCAGUGUCAUUGGAUGUGGUGGAGUGUUUUUAAUUUAACCAUCAUCAUUCCGGAACGACAUCUACAAUAGCAACUUUUCACAAUGAGGUUGUUUACGGUUUUAUUGAAAAACACAAAAAAAAUUGAAUAUUAUUCACGAUUUUCACCGUCGCCUCUCUCCAUCAAGCAAUUUUUGGAAUUUGGUCGGGACAAUGCGUGUGAGAAGACGUCCUUUAUGUUCCUGAGGAAGGAGCUGCCGGUGAGGCUGGCUAACACCAUGAGAGAGGUCAACCUGCUGCCUGAUAACCUUCUCAGUCAGCCCUCAAUCAAACUGGUGCAGAAAUGGUACAUGCAGAGUUUUGUGGAGCUGUUGGGGUAUGAGAACAGAAAACCAGAGGACCCUCAGGCCCUCAAUGAUUUCCUUGAGUUGUUGAUAGAGAUCCGUAACCGUCAUAAUGACGUGGUCCCUACCAUGGCCCAGGGGGUGAUAGAGUAUAAGGAGAAGUUUGGCUUCGACCCCUUCAUCAGCAGUAACAUACAGUACUUUCUGGACCGCUUCUACACCAACCGCAUAUCCUUCCGAAUGCUCAUCAACCAACACACUCUCCUGUUCGGGAACGACACUAACCCAGCCCACCCCAAACAUAUCGGCAGCAUAGACCCCACCUGCAGCGUGGCUGAGGUAGUCAAAGAUGCCUAUGAGACAGCCAAGAUGCUGUGUGAACAGUACUACCUUGCUGCCCCUGCACUCCAGAUCCAAGAGUUCAACAUGAAACAAGACAAAGACAAGUCGAUCCAGGCUGUGUAUGUUCCCUCUCACCUCUUCCACAUGCUGUUUGAACUCUUCAAGAACUCUAUGCGGGCCACCGUGGAGCUCCAUGAGGACAGUAAGGAGGGCUUACCUCCGGUGAAGGCCAAAGUCACACUGGGAAAAGAGGACCUGUCCAUAAAGAUCAGUGAUAGGGGUGGAGGUGUACCUCUGAGGAAGAUCGAUCGUCUGUUUAACUACAUGUACUCUACUGCCCCCACGCCCAGCCUAGAACCCUCCAGCACUGUUCCACUGGCAGGUUUUGGCUAUGGUCUGCCCAUCUCCAGGUUGUAUGCCAGGUAUUUUCAGGGAGACCUGAAGCUCUACUCCAUGGAAGGGGUGGGCACUGAUGCUGUCAUUUAUCUCAAGGCUCUGUCCAGUGAGUCGUUCGAGCGCCUGCCCGUCUUUAAUAAGUCGGCAUGGCGACACUACCAGACCAGCCCUGAGGCAGACGAUUGGAGCAACCCAAGCAAAGAGCCACGAGACACCAGCAAAUCAAAUUACAAGGCCAACCGAUAACUCUGCCCUAAAACUCUUCCCCCGCCCACCUGCCUGGCACACUGAACUCUGCCCCUUCAAUGAUCCCCUCGCUACCAAAAUCAUAAUGGGUUGAACUUCAGCUGCCGCUGCCACACAACUCCCUCUGCAGUCAUUGAUGUUGUCCCAGGGUGGACUUUAGAACAGGAUUUUAGCCCCACCCCCUGACUCCUCUGAUUGGUUAUUUGGUCAGUUGGUCCUCUUCACAAUCUGUUCUAAGUGGGACUGCAGCGAUCAGAUUGGACAGACAGUCAGUUUGAGAUGGAUGAGGUUGAGUUCAGUCACUCUUUCCUUCUAUCUCCUAUAUUCAGCUUUACUGACCACAGCACCCCUUGUGGUUCUCUCCAGCCACUGCAGCUAGAGGCUCGGUCUUUGUGCUGGGAAAGGUAUCUGUUCUGCUCUCUCUGUGUCCACGGUUUGUUCAGUCAAACAUAAUAGAACCUCUGUUUCGCUCUUCUCUCCCCUACAAAGCAGCAGGCUGUGACAGGCUGAGGAUUUGGGUUUCAGACCCGACAGAGAAAAGGACCUCCUUUUUUCCCUUGAGGACACAGUUUUGAAUGGGCACUAAUCUCGUCCACCAGCCGAACUCUCUGUCGAACCGUCUGGUCUCACAGCGCCUCAGAAUGGAACUUGAAUGGGAGACUAUGGCAGGAGCGGCGAAAACAGCCGUCUGUUUUAAUUGGCUGAUCUCUGUCCAUCACCAUCUAGCGCAACCCUUAGAACCUACCACAGCUACAUUGUGGACUUCAAAGCGCAAGUGAUUUAAACAAGGAAGUGAGUUCAGAAAAUCUGAAAGUACGCAUAUUGGAAAUAGUUUUCACAUAUUAACUUUAUAUGCCCAAAAUCAGAAUCAAUUGGGCUUCCCAAAAAUAAUAUGGUUUAUGUAAUUGAACAUUUAUUUUGAUUGACGAUUUUUACAACUUUGCAAAGUCCCAGCUAAUAAAACUGUGGCAGGCUCUCACGCCCUCUCGGUUUCUACUAGCUUCCAUAGCCACAAAGUCAGAUUCCACAGCAACAAAGUCAACAUUGGCUACAAAAAUGAGCUUUUUGGUCUUCAUUUAAGGUUAGGGUUAAGCAUAAGGUUAGCAGUUUGCUUAAGGUCUCAUUUUUAAGAAGAGACAUUUUAGAUAUAGGCAGGGUUAAUGACUUUGUGGCUGUGUUAACUAGUGAGGACCCUCUCCCGCCUCGAAUUAAAGCCACGCCUCAUAGUCGUGUGAUUCGCUUAGAAGUUGACUUGAUUAGUAUGUCACUCGGUAAAUUCACACCCCCUAAGUUCCAAACAGUCCCACCCUAUUACGGUCCCUGCUAUCAGGAAUCCAAAGACGUCCCUACCCCUUUGAAGUUUAAAUGUAAAAUGGUUUAGGUAAGGGUUAAGGCAGGGGCGCAACUCUCACUGGGGAUUCUGAAAUUGCAUUUUCUUCCCCCCAGUUUUAUAAUUGGAAUGUGAUACAAAACGAGCCUUUAGGACCAUGCGG